AUGGAUAUACUGCGUGAGCUCUUUGACCUAGCAGGCCAGCAUGAGAUAAUUGCAGAAAACACACAAAUACAGAUAAUCAAAGAAAUACAGCAACUUGUUGUAGAAUUGAAACAAGAACGGAAAAAGGGUUUACAAGAAGGAACAAAAGUACAGCAAAGCCUUAUUUUGUCAACUCAGCAAUUGGACAAGACAAAGAAACAAUAUGAGAGAGCAUAUAGGGAAGCAGAAAAAGCUAUUGAAGCCUACAAAAAGGCAGAUGCUGAUAUCAAUUUGUCUCGAGCUGAAGUUGAAAAACAAAAAAAUUUAUCAAUAUCGAAGACACAGAUUUCAGAAGAAUGUAAGAAUGAUUAUGCUGCCCAGCUGGAAGUUACAAAUAAACAUCAAAGAGAAUAUUAUUCUCAUUUACUUCCUAAUGUAUUUCAGCAAUUACAAGAUAUGGAUGAAAAAAGGAUUAGCCGACUGAAAAGCUUUUUGAAAUCUUUUGCUGACCAAGAAAAGCGCGUGUUACCUAUCAUAAAUACUUGUAUAGAAGGAAUGUUCAAAGCUGUAGAUUCUAUUAGUCCAAAAGAGGAUUCUCGGUUAGUGAUUGAGCGCUACAAAUCUGGUUUCACCCAUCCUUCGGACCUUCCAUUUGAAGAUCUUAGCUGCCCUACUCCUGGAGAUAGUUACCCUCACAAUUCCGCCCCUCGCUCCCAAUCAUCAACAGACUUUAAAAAUCAAAUAAAACCUGGAACUGUGGGUGGCAGAACGAAAAAGAGAGGGGGCCUUUUUUCAAUAUUUGGUUCUUCAAAGAUCAUUGGAUUACUGGUGGAUGAUCAGAAAGAAGACUUCAGUGAUCUACCCCCCAAUCAGAGGAGGAAGAAACUACAGCAGAAGAUUGAUCUUAUAAACAAAGAAAUUGGUAAAGAAACAGCUGAAAGGGAGGGUAUGCUGAAGAUGAAAGAUGUAUACAUAAACAAUCCAGCACUUGGUGAUGCUAGCAGCUUGGAUAAAAAACUGGAAGAGAACGCACAGAAACUUGACCGAUUGAACCAGGAACUGAUCAAAUUUGAGAAUUACAUGGCUGAUGCAGAAGGCAAAGUGGUUAGAAGACACAGUACUGCUAAUGACUCUUUGUCUAACAGUCCCUCUGAGAGCAGCGUUCAGUCAAAUACAGGUCCCUACAUAUCUGCUCCAGGAACUCCCAUUGCACACCACUAUGCGCACGGUUCUUGCAGAGAAGACAGUGAAAAUGGACCUAUAGCUGGUGGAGAAGAUGGUGGUGAGGAAGUUGAUGGAGGGGGAGAAAUUGAUUAUGCUGACCAAGAAUCAACCGAAGAGGAAUUUGAUGAGUUUCCGGUCAUUGGAUCUUGUCGUGCUCUUUACCAGUUUGAAGCAAUGAAUGAAGGCUCAAUAUCAAUGGAAGAAAAUGAACAGAUGCUUAUUCUUGAACAAGAUCAAGGUGAUGGCUGGACUCGUGUUCGCAAGAAAAAUGGCUCAGAUGGAUUUGUCCCUAGCUCUUAUAUUCAGUGUACAUUGUAUGGACUUUAAUAGUCACUAUGGUUCAGUUGUAAGUUGAUCAAUGGGACAGUAUUUUGCUCUCACAUGGAAUGCAGCAAUACAUUUCAGCUGUUUACAUGUUAAACUACCAUUAGAUAUCAGAUGAUGAACCGGUUAGAUUCCAUCAGUGCAACUAAAUCAUCCAUUUCAUAAGAGCAUUGAAAUAAGCAUCAAACAAAAAUAUCUUACAAUUCAUAAAAAGAAACAAAAAGAAAGAAUCAUUAUCUGCUGAAUGGCAAAAUAGUGGGGACAGCUAAAGAAGUUAAUUAGCUCUUUAGUAAUAAGAUUAUACUUAAGUGCAUUGCAGGAAGCAUUGUUUUUAGCAUGUACUUUGUAUAACAUGAGACAAUAACUGCAGAGUUUCUUUUUCUUCUUUUGUUUUAAAUACCUAAACAGUUGGUGUAAAAAAAGUUUAAAAUCCUGCAAAUUUGUUAAUGGUUGCACAGACAACUAUCCUUGUUGUCUGUUGACUAGUUUUGAAUCAGUGGCUGCACAUAAGGAUGAAUAGUGCACCUAAAAUUUAUGCUGAUUGGAAUUGUUUUAAUUUCUUAAGAUUUUUUCUCUAGUCCCAGUCACAUUUAAUAUUAAAAAAAUAAACAAAUUUAUUAAUAUAUUUCAGAAAAUCAUAUUCAUAAUACUGUAAAAAAGGAAGUAAGGGUGAUGCUUAAAAAGAGAAUAAUUUCAGGAAAAACAGUGACAAAUCUUUUAGUUACCCACAACUAUAUAUGAUAAAAUAAUUUUACAUUUUAACUCCAAAAUAUUUUUAAACUGUCUUCUCAAAUUAUAUAUGCUAAGUUAAUCCUGAUCUUGUAAAUUUUCAAAUUUUUAGCAAUUAACUUUUUAUUUCAAAUAAUUCCUAUAUACUUCUAAUUUAAUUUUCAUCAGUUAUAAUUACUCCCUACUCCAAGAUCUAGUAUAUACAUAUGUACUUUAUGAAUUGUUUUAUAAAAUAUUUACACCCUAAAUGGUCCUUAAUCAAACUGCCUUCAGUAUACCAACUGCAAUAUUUCUGACAUUCUUGUAGCUACAAAAUUUCAUUGAAACUCUCACUUUGUAAGUGCUCUUCCACAGUGACCUCUUGGUGUGUUGCUCACAUGAUCUAAGUAUGCAUGGGAAAAAGGAAAAAAAAAACCUGUCUUAUUCUUAGCCACUAUCUCCUGUCUCUUAUAAUGUCAUUGAAGCAUUUCACAUUUAUUACUCUAAAAUUACACACACAAGCAUAUAUGUAUACAUGUGAAUGUGUUAUAUAUACACUCACACAUAUAUGAAUGCAUGAUUUCACUUUGUUCUGAACAACAUGGAAUUAUUUCAUUAACAUCAUCUAAGCCUGUUGUACUUAAUGGAUUUAUCCAUAGAAAUUAACAGCUCUGGUUGUCUUUUAUGUGCAACUCUCAGUUGUAGUCUGGUUUCAAUGAAAAUCUGUGAUAAACAAAGGUAUACAAAUAAAACAAUCAUGAAAAAUAUUUCAUUUUUACAGAUCUUUGAGUGAAACAAAAGGUAAAAGGAAACCUGAGUGUUUCUUCCUCUUCCUUCUUAUUUGAAUGAACACACUGAUAUGUUAAAUUAGCUGGAAAGAAAGCCAGUGUUAUUUACCCAUCUAUUUUUCUAUUUUCUAUACUAUGUCUUUCUGAUUGUGUUUCCAAACUUUUUUUGUUUUUGUUACUUUGUAUACUUUCAUUAUUUCUCAGUAUGUCUCUUCCAACACACACACACACACACACACACACAAAGGACCAACUUCCUUAGUUCAUGUUCAGCUAUAAUUAUUUGUUUGAUAUUAGUUUGACACUACAAUUAUAUGUGCAAUUAACAAUUCUGUUAAAGCUUACUUUAAAAAAAUAGUCAUACUAUUAAAAUAUAAGUGUCAGGAUGCAUAUGUGUGUAAUACUUUGGUCUCCCUCUCAUUAACAGAGUUCUGUAAUUUCUGUUUCUCAGUCUAGGUUCUCUAAAAAAAAGUUUGUUAUGCAGAUCCUCUCUUUACUACUUUCUGUUAUUUUUGAGUUGUUUUUGUUCAUUGUGUAUGCUGAAUUUACAAAAACAUGACUCAAAAUCUUCUGAGAUGAUAAAAUGAAAAAGAAAGAUAUUUGAGAGAUAGUAACAAUUAUUAAGAUGUAUGUGUCUAUAUAUAUAUAUAUAUAUAUAUAUACACAUAUAUAUAUAUAUAUAUAUAUAUAUAUAUACACUUUUAUUAAUGUACAAUGAUGCUUUUAUUAUUUCAUUGCUGAUUUAUAUAAUUAUCUAUUUAGGCUGCAUGGUUUGAUUGUAUUUGUGAGCUUUACAGAAGGGCUAUUAUAGCUGGGUUAGUGUUAACUUCAAGGCCAGGCAUGUGGUUGGAUUCUAGUAUGAUUUUCUUGGGAGGGUUAUACAAUUGAACUGUAAUACUAUCAACUUACAAGACUAGAUAAUUGCAGCAAUAUCUCCUUAACAGAGCUUCAAAGCUAAACUGUAAUGUGAUUUUCUUGAGAAGAUUACAGUUGAACUGUAGUAUAAUUCUCUUAGGAGGAUCGCAUACCUGGAUUGUAAUGUGAUUUUUUAGAAAGAUCUCAUCACUUUUCAAACUCAUGUUAUAUCUAUACAGCAAAAAUGUUAUAUAUUUUAUGAAAUUUCUAAAGAUUUUGUUCAAGAUUAUUUCCUCUCAGUGUAGUAGCUUACGUAUAAUGGAAAUACAAGAUAAAAAAAAUAAAUCAAAUCAAUUAAGAUUGACUGAACACUUCAGAAAUUAAAUCAUUUGAGUAUAUUCAUUGUUCAAUGAUGGAGGUAUCUAUGCAAACGUGGUUGCUGAAGAAAGGAAAACAUUCUUGUAUUUUGUGUGUGUGUGUGUACAAAUACAUACAUAUAAAAUGUGUGGAUUUUUAAGUUUAACAAUGCCAUUGUCUGUUUGCAGAAAGGCUCUUUGUUGGAAGAACAUUUCAUGUUCUCCUUGGUAUUAUUAGAUUCUAACGUAAUAUGUUUUCCAUUUGUGUGAAAUACACUAAGCUAGGUAUGCAACUUUAUUUUUAAAAGCAGCAACUUAAAGUAUUAACUUUUUAUUCAACUAUUCAGAUAUUGAGCUUUUUUUUUUAUAUAUCUAGAUAUACUUUGCCAAGAUUAAAUUGCUACCUUAAAUUCUGGUGAUUUUUGUCCAUUGGAUAAUAUUUACAAACAUGAGAUCUUGACAAUUUUUCUCAGAUUCAAAACUAAAAGAAAUACCAGUUCCUUGUUUUUAUGUUAUUAAAUAAAAAUUAAGGUAGUUGAAA